UUCAGUUGGGCUGAGACAGAAUUCACCAUUAAAGGCUUCAACUGCGUCUUCUAAGAUGUCUGUGUCAUCUGACUUGGUAGAAGAAAUUAUAACUAGGUUGCUGCUGAAAAUAUAUCCCAAAUUUUUAAAGGCAGAAGCCUUUCCAAACAAGCAGGAAAGAUUAUCCAAAUCAGAGCUCACAAGGCUUGCAGUGAAUCUCAUUGAUUCUGUUCUAAUGGAGUUGGCAAAAGUGCAAGGAGUUCAGAUAGGCAAACCAGAGGAGGAAUGCAGCCUUCUUUAUCAACCACAUAUUGUUGACAAACUUGUCCAAACUGUUCACUUAGACUUGAUGGAAAAAGCAGGCUCCCAGCUAGACUUACAAAAAGCAGUGAUCUCCAGGAGCCAGACACUGGUCCAAAGAAUAAAUCAUUCUUUGGUUAGAGAAAUUUUAAAUCUACAUCUUAUGGCUAGUGAUCUUUCAACCCCAUCUCCUCAGUCCUCAGUUACACAAACCAGCAGUACUGUUCAGAGUAGGAGUGAUAAUGUUUCUGUAAGUGACCAAAGUGAACUUGGAAAAUCUUUGGUCCCCUGUUCUAAUCUGAGGAAAGUGUCUUCUGAGAUGAUUGAAGAUAUUAUAAUUAGGCUGCUGCUGAAAAUAAACCCUGAUCUUUCAAAGUCAAAAGGCUUCCCAAACAGGCAGGAACAAUUAUCCAAGUCGGGGCUCAGACAACUCGCUGUGAAUCUCAUUGAUUCUGUGCUAUCUGAGUUGUCAAAAUGGAUAACGGUAGGGAAACAAGAGGAAGAAGGUAGCCCAUUUUAUCAAUGCAAUUCUGUUUAUAAAGUUGUUAACUCUGUUCAUAAGGACUUGGUGCAAAUAACCGGCUCCCAGCUAGCGUUACAGAAAGCAGUAGCCUCCAGGAGCCAGACACUUGUCCAAAGCAUAUCCAGUUUUGUUGUCAGAGAAAUCUCAAAUCUACAGCUUUUAAAAAGUGAACCUUCCUCUUGGACCUCCAUUAAUACAGACACCAGCAGUGUUGUUCAGGGUAUUUCAAAGCCGUGUAAGAAAAUGAAAGCUGUUGCUUUAAUGAGAUCUGGGUUUGCUGAACCAUACACUACCUCUUAUCCAACAACUUCUAUAUCUUCUGAAAUAGUAAAAGAAAUAAUAGGCAAACUUAUGUGGAAAAUGUGCCCUGUUAACUCAAACAGAGAAAAAGAUAGUGAGCUGGCUACAAAAGUAGUUAAUUAUGUGGUAACAAAACUUGCCAGGGCGCAAGAGGGAGUUGUUACAUAUAACCCGCUGAUGAACAGAACAGUCCUUACUCCCAUUGAGGUCGUUGAGAAAGUUGUGGAUUCUGUCUAUUCUGAAAUGCUGCUGGUGUUUGGCUCCCAGCUAACUCUACAGAAAAAUGUGGUCAAUGAAAGCCAGGCAUUAGCUCAUAUAUUAUCCAGAUCUGUGUUCAGAGAAUUAUCAGUGCUUAUGCAAACAGAACAAAUACCUAUUGAAACUCUAUUUACUCUUCCAGUAGGCUUAACCAAGAGCCUUGCCUCAUCAAAAGAAAUUAAUAAGUCUAAGUCUGUUUCACCUAAUAAAAAAACGGUAGGGUUUCCACCUUGCUCAUUCACAAGUGCUGCUGCAGAGGAUUUAGCAGUAAACAAGAAAGAGACAGUGGAUGAUCAUAGUUCCAUGGGACGUGUGCAAGACCUUGGUGUGGUUCUUUCUGAUCGUGAUCUAGAUUCAAAGCCUUGUAGGGAUCCAAAAGUUAAGAUACUUCCCUUUGUAGCUGACAAACCAAUCCAGAUUGACCCCCGGAUCAUAUCUGAGCACUUAAAUGUUCUUUCAAACAAAACUGAACCUCUGGAAGCCCUUCAGAAGCAGUGCAUGGUUGAGACAAGUCCUGGUUCAUCAGGAAGACUGGAUAUUAAGCAGAGAGAGCUGGUGUGCAGAAAUUCAUUUUUUAAUCUAAAAGGCGUAAGGGAUAAGCGGGACCUCGUCAUUCGAUUAGUGGCACGUGACUUCCUCCAGUCUAGGGAAGAUGACAGUGAAGAGGAUGAGCAGAGCCCACUUCACUUGAACAGUGACCUGAGUGACAGCACAGUUCAGACAGAAGAAAGUGACACAGUGGACCUUUCCAUAGAGAAGCAGCGUUACAAGCAGCUAAAGCAAGAAAAAAACAUAAAUAGCCUUAUAAACCUCUAUGCUGAUACCAGAACUAAUUCCAAGUCAUCUAUAGAAGAAGGGGAAAAACAGAAUGUGAAAGUCUCAAGAUCAGUGUCUUUCGAUUUCUACAGAGGGGACAUCUAUUGUUACUCGAAAGCAAAGAGAUUAACUAAAGGGGGUAUUCUAGGUAUGCCCUAUGGCAAGAGUGUGAAAGAGCCAUCAUCGAGUGAGGAGGCCAGUCGAACGACCUCAGAAUGUUCCAAAAGUUCUGAAAGGGCCCUAGAAGAUAGUAUGAUCUAUAAAAAUGAAUAUGUGGACACUGUGAUCACCGUAGACAGAAACGAUAAGGAUUUUGCCCUUGAGGAAUUUUAUCAGACAAAUAAACAGUUUCCUGCCACUGAUGAAGAAGGUAAACGUUUUGGAGGGUGGCUAAAAACUCACAAGAUGGGGCCUGAAUCAAAUUCUGAGACUCCAGUUGUAGAAGAACCAGUGAAGGUUCAGUUUCCUUACAAUCUGGCCUUAAUGUCAGCUGAAUCUCGUUGUCCUCUACCCAACUCAACCAAGCUGAAUACCCAAAGACCAACUGCGUUAUCCAAAAUGUCUGCUUCCUUAUCCAAACUAUCCCGUCCUUGAAACCAAAGACUUCCUUCUCUUGACCAAAUUAAAGAAUGAAGAUCAGAAGAACAGAAAUGAUAAUGGCAUAGUAUGUCCUUGGAAGAUACAUAUCUGAAAUAAACAUGAAUACAUUGUCUGUUGUAUGACCAUCAUGAAUAGCAGUUUAGAGGGGCCUUUCACUAUUCCUGUACCACUGGUGUCAAGUUAGAUUAAGGGUUCUUACUGCUAUACA